AUGCAGUCCCGUUUGGCAUGGGUCAGUGCUAUUGUUGCACUUCUUUUCGAGAUCAUAUUUGUGAAGUGUAUACUGUCAUAUGUAGUACUUACUAUCGGUGAUCCAUGUCCCGAUUACAAUGCCGACUGCUUUGGUCCAGCCAAUGGAAGCGUUCCUAAUGGUCCUUAUAAAUGUGCAAAAAAUCAAAAUGCAUCUUUUCCAUUCAGUCCAUCAGCACAUGUGGCUUGCUAUGGAUGGCGAUACAAUGAUGUAGAUGCUGGCGAUGUGAUUGAUGCCAUUGGUGUAAGUGGUGGAUUACUUGGUAUUGUCGCUUAUAUCAUACCCUUAGUUUAUCGUUUAACACAUUAUCGGAAUAGAUACUGGUGGAUAAGUUUCUUCUGGGGUAUAAUACCGUUAAGUGUGAUUGGCGUAUUUAUUUUUGUCAAUUUUCAGGUACGUCCGGAGGUACCUACACUGCUAACAAUUAUUUCUUUUGUAUUACUCCUAAUAAUGACAUGUGGUGGUUGGAUAUGGGCUGUUUAUACAUCGUUUGCAGAGAGCAGCGGAGCAAAUCGCAAUCGCUUGAAAAACUGUUGUACUAAAUUGGUUGGCUUAAAAUGCUGUCAAUACAUGCUUGGCUGGUGUAUAGAGCCAUAUGAACACUAUCCAUGGUGCUGUAUAGAUUGCUACAGAAGCGGCUCAUGUACCAAAAAACCAUUGACCAAGGAACAACAAUGUUGA